UGCUGCCCGCGCCGGUGUCUCCGGUUGCCGGGCCAAGCCUCGCCCGACUGCCCGGCCCCAGAUCCAGGCUCCACGAGUUGCUCUCAGCGCGGGAUUCACGCGCCCCUGGCUCGAACCUCGGACGUGCACCUGAGAGCCCGGUCGGAGGGUGGGUCCUGGCCCAACGGCGACAUGGGGAAAUUUCAGUCCAAGCACGCCGCAGCAGCCUGCAAGAGGAGAGAGAGUCCCGAAGGGGACAGCUUCGUGGUGUCUGCGUACGCGAGUGGUCGCAAAGGAGUGGAAGAGACCGACCGGCGUGCUGGCAGCGGUGUGGAACAUCGCGCACGGGACAAGCAGGAGAUGCUCAAUGGAGACCCUAAGGAGGGGCCUUUCUGGGAAGACAAGGGUUCCCUAGAAGUUGUGCUGCCCCAUGAGAAAUCUGAGGGCCACGAGGGUCAGGGCCAGCUCUUCGGUACAGAUGAUGGGGAGAAGGCAGCAAGCCGUGAGGGUCCACUAAGACUCAGCAAGAAGCACUUGAACAUUGACGCACUCCAGUGUGACGUCUCUGUGGAAGAAGACAACCGCCAAGAGUGGACAUUCACACUGUAUGACUUUGACAACAGUGGGAAAGUCACCAGAGAGGACAUGUCCAGCCUGAUGCACACCAUCUAUGAGGUUGUCGAUGCCUCUGUCAAUCACUCUUCGAGCAGCAGCAAGACCCUCCGAGUGAAGCUAACGGUCAGCCCUGAACCCUCCAGCAAGAAGGAAGGUACUCUCACUGGCCAAGACCGGGAGCCCACUCGUGGCAGAACAGAGAGUGAGCUCAUAGAUGACCCCCGAGUGGCUGACAGAAGGCUGUCCGCCUACAGCAGGAAGCCCAAUGCUGAUCCACAGCCCUGCUCUGUGCGAGUGCCCUACUGUGUGGAUGAGAACACAGAGCGCAGAAACCACUACCUAGACCUUGCUGGCAUCGAGAACUACACAUCUAAGUUUGGUCCUGGGUCACCACCUGAGCAGGCCAGGCAAGAACAUCAUGGCAGGGCCACACACAUUCCAAGCAGGUCCCGAUCACAGGAGUCGGAUGCCCACGCUAUACACCACCGCAGGUCUCAAGUCCUGGCUGAGCAUGUCAUACCAGCUAAUGAGCCUACUACCCGGGCCCUGGCUGCACAACCCCGGCUCAAGGGGCAAGAGAAGCAGUUCCUCAGGUCUCCCAAGGGUCCAGGAAAACCUCUCGGGGCACCAGGCAUCAGCAAGCCAGGGAAAGCACUCAGCUAUUGCCUGCAGGCUGUGCCACUGCCCCAGGGUGCCCAGGAUGGCCACCACCUUCCUCAGCCCCCACCACAGCCUCCGCCACAGCCCUAUGGUCACAAGCGGUACCGGCAGAAAGGCAGAGAAGGCCACUCACCACUUAAGGGGCAUGGCCAACCUACCAUGGUGGAGCAUGAAGUGGUACGGGACCUGCCUCCCAUGCUGGGGCCUGAGGGCUACGUGGUGCCUGUGAUCCAGAGGCAUGAACACCACCAUCAUCAUGAGCACCACCAUCACCAUCACCAUCACCACUUCCACCCAUCCUAGUGCCCAAACAAGCACUCCAUCCAAAUGCCCUUGGGGACAGAGCAGGUGCUGGCAAGUGCCCAGUAGAGAGUACAGCAUCCCCUGGCCCAACACCAGCUGCAGAUGUAAAGUGGGCAUCAGGGAGAUGGCACCAGGCUAGAUAUUCGUGGACAAAGCUACCUUUCUCUAUGCCAUUUGGAUACCAGUACAUUUGAUGCAGCUGAUGAUUACCAGUAACACGUGCUCCUGUAUGUUCCAGAAAGCCCAUACAUGGAGGCACAAAAGCAUCUGUUCCUGCUUUUGCUGCAGUGUGGCCAUGGGAUGUUUAAAGGACUGUACCUAGGCAUUCUUUGUAUCCUCAUGGUUCUUUGACCUUCAGGUACCUGAAUGGAAAAGGCAAUGCUUUUUGUGAAGUUUUUAUAUGUUGUAAAGUCAGUGGAAUGAGCUUGGAAAGUGGUUUAUCUUCAGUGUACCAUGUUAAAUGAAGCAGAACAAAGAGGCCAGAGUAUCAGCAAAUGUGGAGGGGACACAGUUGAGCAGAGGGGCAGGUUGAUGUUCGGUGGGCAGCGUGAGGCUUGGUGUCCAGAGCUUCCAGCAUCCUAGGUAGAUGUGGAUAAGACCCAGACAGGUUGGGAUGGAUGGAUGGAUGGAUGAGGUACUAUGCUGGAGGUCUCCAUCCAGGUUGUGCAUAGCCAAGUGACACUUAGGUGUCCUUCCACAAAGGCUGCAAAGAUGUGGGGACCUCCACAAGCCAUGAUCUUUGUGGCUCCACCAGCAGGACACAACAAGGAGGAACUUUUUACCUCUUGUGAGCUUGUGAAGGUGGCAUUAUGCCUUCUUGGCAUAAUAAAAUAUUGUGAAUUCUCUAACAUGGCAUACAUAUCCUAUUAAAACACUUUUCUGAGAGCUGUGGUCAGUCUACUGACGCAUGGUAACUGCAGGUGAAGAUGACAGGUAUAUGUGGAGGGUGAGUGCUGUAGAACCAUCUUGGCUUAUGUUGGUUGACACACAUGACUCCAUAGUAGUGCUUUUUACUAAGGGAUUUUUAGACUAAGAAAAAUCAGAACUCUAAACCUGGAGCUCAGCUCAUAUUAACAAGGAAUGCUGAGCCCCAUAUAGGCUCCAGGGACUACAGCUUAUGCAGAUUGUUGAGAAGCAAUACAACCUUGUGCUUAUUUCCUCUCACCAAAACCCUGUGCCUAUUCUAAGGACUUCCUAAGGAUCUGAAUGUGAUGUCUCUGACCUGGGGAUCAUCAGCCCUCUGUGGGCUGAUGCUGGUCACUUCACAGCUAGAAAUGCUUCAAGAAACCAAAAUGACUAGAGUAUGCCACCCUUUUCUUACAAUAUGACUAAAGUAUCUAUGUCAUGAAUGUAGAGAUGGCACGUAUGUAAGGUUCCACCACCCACGCCACAGCAGAGGAAUUGCACAGGAAUCAGCAUGGCCACCCAGUUUGUUUCUUAGUAUGCAGUAUUCUAAAUACCAGGCUUGUGUUAAGAGGUCCUUUCAAGAAGCUGAAGAGAUGGCUCAGCAGUUAAGAACACUGGCUGACCUGGGCUCAAUUCCCAGCACCCAGUUACAGGCAGUUUACAACUGUCUGUAACUCCAGUUCCAGGGCUUCUGACACCCUCACAUGGACAUACAUGGAGAUAAAACACCAAUGAACAUAAGCUAAAAAAAAAAAAAAAAGUUCUUUCAGGCCCUGAGAGAUGUCCUACAGGAUAUCCCCAAUGACACCUCGGGCCAUGGUUCAGCUGAGUGCCAUGGGAAGUGGGGAGAUUCAGCCAAGUCUGAACUAUAGCUUCAUGUUUUAAAAUUUCAGGGCAGGUAGAAGUCCUAACAAGCUCAUGACAGGGGCUGAACAUUUGCCACUGUGGUGAGUGUUAAGCAGAGGCGUGUGCAGUACUCCAGCCAGCUGACAGACCAAGCCUCAGACAGCCGGGUCUUCAGUGCCAUGUAUGAGACCUAAAGAGAUGGGAAAGCACUUGUGAACUAAAUGAAACAUCCAGACCAUUUAGUUGGGUGUGGCAGUAAAUGCUUGUGAGAGGAGGUUACAUCAAAAGCUACAAUCCAAGACCAGGCUGGACUAUCUUAUGACACCGCCUCCCCUGCCCCCAGAUUGCUCAUGUUCUCCAGCAUUUAGCCACUCUGUACAUGGUCACUAGUGUGCGAGAACUGUGGAUCUGUUAAGGUGCAGGAACUUGGCCUGGUUUGACUCAGAAACUCCAGAACUACCUAGAAGUAAAACUGCCAUGUUGCAAGUGGAGACAGAGGUAAGAAAGCCAGGGUGGUGAUGCCUUAGUACACUCUGUGCUGGGUGCCAGAAUGGUGUCUGUGACCAUUGGUAGUACCUGGCAACAGAAGACAAUGGCUAUUGUGAGAAAAACAAACAACCUUGGCUGUGUAUGUGGAGGUUGUGGCUACUGUGUGUUCUAAGAACUGAACAACCUGAUCUAUGUACAUUCCCAAAUAAAAGCCAUUGAGGGAACGAAGGUGUCACCAAGAUACCCCUUUCUCAGCAGGUACUCCAUCGCCUUCAGGGUGAAUCUUUUGACUCCAGUUUCUAUUUAACCUCUCAAGUGUGAGCUGGAAUCCUGCUGUGCUGAGCUGGCCAUGUCCUCUGUUCACACAUGGAGGUCUCCUAGCAAAUUCAGGCAAGUGCAGGGUCCUUGGUCUUCUAAACCUCAGGGCAACGGUCUCUUCAGGGCUCAUAAACACACUGUUCCUGUGUGCAGUUCUGAGAGCAGAAGGUAAUCUCUGCCACCCUUAGCUGGCUUUAGAAACAGUAAGGAGUCUGUGUCUUUGACAUCCUUUGGACUAUCCCCAUGUGAACUAACUAACAGCCCAGGCCUCGAUAUAGUGGUAUCAUCAUGGAUGUGAUUGUCAGUGAACCAAGUCCAGCCUCAGGGGGGUUCUGGGGUGGUGCCCUUUGUGUUUCUAGUGUCCUAAGAAGGCAUCAGUCACUGACAGACAUAGGUGGUUCCUCAGCUCUGGAAGCUGCACCAUGACAUUUCUUCCAAAGGCAAAUGAUAUUCUCUUAAGUCCCAUCUGCAAGGUAGAACAGGCUACAAAGACUACAAUGUCUGCCUAAGCUUCAUACUUGCAAUAGAACCUGUUGUGGGACUCUGGCCUGAGCUCUUCUCUGUGUCUGCCUGUUCCCCAUGACACCCCCAUUCCUGACUUCCUAAUCUUUGCCAUGAAUGCCAGGCCUAUGUGCUCUAAGCCAUGCAUGAGAACUCUGGUCCCCAGUAGGACCAAAGGACAGCUUCUCUCCCAGUUCAUUUCCAUAGCCAAAGCAUGGCUCUGCUGAAUCCUUACCAUGCCCGUGGUAUUCAAGGCUCACCAAAUAGGGUGACUACUCCAUACAACA